AUGACGUCGGCAUUAAACCUCAGAGCGAGAAAAGCAAAGGCGGCGAGAAGACCACAGCUAAGCAGAGACAUGAAACCGGGUAUCAUCAUCGAAAACGUUGCACAGACCAGGAGACGACUAGCCGAGACCACGUUGCUGGCUACAGCCUCAUUAGCGCCCGGAAGUUCAUCCAUCAUUGAUGAAGGGCCAACCAACACCGGAAGCGGAAGUCAGGACGACGAAGAAGAGGGCGGAUCACCCGGAUCGGAUGACUGUCACAUCAUACAUAACGACAAAUCUACAGACUUUAUCCUGUCCACGGUCAUGGAAGAAACUGCGAUGGUGGCGACGUUGGCCACGCCAUCCAACCUAACUGCCGACCCAAACGGAAACUUGGGUUCCAGACCACAGGAUAUCGAUCUUGUAACAAGGGUCUUAAACCCUAACCAAACAGUCAGCUCCAUUAGCGACAAGAUCGGUGAUAAGGUACCAGGAAAACGCAGAGAUUCCUCGGCAGCGUCGUCACCAAUCACGAUGACCACGGCGUCGGCAACGACAUUGACGACCACGGUCACGGUAACGGCCGCCACGGCCACCCCGACGGCCGCACCACAGCCGAUAGACCGGUCCAGUCGAACGACACAGUCGUUGGUGAAACGUUCUCUGUCGUCGAUGCUCCGGAACGGAUCCGAGGAGGACGGUACGAGGUGUUCGAAAAAAGAAUACAAGACGACAACAGAAGGGAGCAGCCGCUUCACCAUAUACAAGGUGAACAAGGCCAGCCGGAAGAAACGGGAAAAGUCUUCGGCAAGGAAAGAGAGAAAAGCCACGAAAACCUUGGCGAUUGUCUUGGGAGUGUUCCUGUUCUGUUGGGUGCCGUUCUUCACGUGCAACAUACUGGACGCGAUUUGUCACAAGCUGGACAAGGAGUGUUCACCCGGCGUCCGGAUGUUCAUACUGACAACGUGGCUGGGCUAUAUGAACAGCUUCGUCAACCCCGUGAUCUACACGAUAUUCAACCCGGAAUUCCGGAAGGCGUUCAAAAAACUAAUGCGGAUAGGCACUUGACCCGUGGCCGACGGCACCGGCAAGAGCUUCGCACCGAACGCCUGCGGCAAAUGAAGCCGUUGCUGUUUGUGUGUGUGUGUGUGUGUGUGUGUGUGUGUGCAUCAACCAUAUAUCAUCAUCAUCAAUAAUUGCAUGUGCAGUCGUAUGCACUCGCAGUCACUUCCUGUAACAUAUGAUUAUUAUUAAAAUUUAUCGUAUCAUUAAUUAUUAUUAAAUUAUUACCAUAAUAUUAUUACUAAAAUUAAAACUAUAAUGUUAUAACUAGAUCCCGAAUUUGAACACUCUAAAAACUAUGAAUAAAUGCUUUAAAAAAUAAACAAAAUUCCUUCUUAACUCAUUAAUACCUUUGAAAAAUGACCGACAUUUUGUUAGUAGGCACUCAACUACGUGAGAAAACUAAACGAUAAUUUAAUUUUUAGAAUUUUCAGCUCUUCUUUUAACUAAGAAAACAAUAUUACGAAGAAAUAAAAACCAAACUCAUGCACGAUUGAAAACUAUUAAUAUUUAUAUUAUGAAAACAAUAUUUAUUAGUGUAAUAUUUUGAAUUUCCUAAAUUGAAUAGUUUUUACAAAAGAUUGUACCCAGUGGUUAAAGUGAGGGAUACGUUGGGAUGACAUCCCUCCACUUUUAAUAAUUCACAUUUUCUGUCUCUCAACUUAUUCUGUAUGACUAUUUAAACGAUAUAUAAAGACUAUGAAAGGCAGCUAUAAAUUAUGAAAGGCAUCCCUCCACUUAUUUUCAGAGCCACUUCGACCAUUGCUUGUACGGCGUAUUAAUAUAUUAUUAUGCACUAAAAAUGAAUAACAUGACCUGAAGUGCUAAAACAUGAAAAAUAAAAGUUAUCUUUUGAAGAACCAGCUGGUACAUGAAACGAAUUAUGUACUUAAUGUACUAAACUAUGUCCUAGACUACCUAGAAAAUGCAUUUUGCAAUGAAAUCCGGGCCCUAGUUAUAACUAUAAGGAUGAGGAGUUUAUGGGGCUUCAAUAUUGACAAUUAUAAGUAGGUACCUGUACAAAAAAAAGAUAUAAAUAUCUGCACAGAAAUAUUACAAACAUGAAUACAAUUUUUCCAAUCGCAGAUAUCAAUAAUUUUAUUCAAUUUUUGAAGCAACUGACACUUUCGAGAAACCGACACACACACAUUAGUAUGCCGGAUCUACUUACGUCUGCUACAGUUCCUUAAUACGUAUAUAAGUAUAUGUGAGUUAUCAACUUGGAUUUUGAAAUUUAAAACAAAUUUAUUUAGAUCGAUGUGCAAUGAUAUGCGAUUUUUAAGAAAACUGUCAAAAUAUUAACUACACACUGAACUUCUCACAUCUAAUCCAAUAUAACUGUAAAUUGAGAUUGUCGUUAUUGAUUACAAGUCACAAAAAAUUGCAAGACCUACCUACCUAUUGAUAUUUCAGUCGUAUCGAUAUUAUAAUAUACGUGUACGAUAAACUUUGACGAUAAUAAACGAACCCGGUAUCUCUCGUGUCUUUAAGCCGACAAAGACGACGACGAUCACUCGACUUAUUCUAACAAUAUUAUCAUAGUAUUAUUAAAAAAUAGUUAACAACCAUGUCAUUGGGUUUCGACUAUUAUGGGGUUUUACUUUGACAUAAAAUUCUAUUUUUACAACUGACUAACAAAAAUUUAAGUUUUCACCAGUAAUUAAAAACUUGUUUACUAAUUAUUGUGUGAGUUGAUGACUGAAUAUCCAUUAAAAAUGAUAAGUUCAAAUAAGUAGUAAGCGAAAUUAAAUUACUUAUGCCGAGAUCAUAAAAAUCCUUUUUAGGCUGGUUAAAUGCUCUUAAGCCUCGUUAUAAUAUAACUGUUAUCACUACGCCAUACGUUUUCAACUUUUACUAUCAGUUAAAUUAGUAAUCACAAUACAAUCUUAUCUCUAUCUAAAGUUUUUUUUUUUGUAGAUCUAUAUUAUUAUGUGCUAGUAAUUAUUGUACUCAAUUUUAGUGGUUUUAGGUGAUAGUAUUAUAUACGAAUAUACGAUCAUCAAUUGUUGUAGGAUGAAUUUAUUGUACAUGAAAAUGUAAUUCAUAAUAUUUCUCUCACAAAAGUAAGCAUGAUGAAUAUUUUAUUUUAUUUUAAUUUUUUUAGAAAAU